AGGUGUGGUUUCUAUCCAAAAGUGGUCAGCUUCCGUCUAUUCACAGCAGCCCAUUAUCUGCGGAACAAGUGACGGCGAGGGGAGAGGUGCGCGGUCCGUCCUCUGUCCGGACAGCAAAGAAAAACGACUCAAACUUGAAAACGUCCUUCAAACAUUAAAACAAGAACAACUCGGCAACCAUGAAUAUGUACGGCUCGAACCCUAGACUGGCCAGCGCGGGCCAGAGAAGUAACUCGCGACAAGAUUUACUGAAUAUGACGACUUUAGGUCGAAACGACGUGUUCGUCGGUGGGAACGGAUUCCAGGGAGAUUACCAAGGCCAGGGCACCACCUACACCUCCUUCUCCCGGUCCUCCAUGCAAGGCGGGGGGGCACCGAAAGCUCAAGUCCUCGCCAUGGGUGCGGGCGGAGGCGGUGGAAUGAAUGUCCAGGUAAUUCAGCAAAAAGCUUUGUUCCUGACAAGCCAGUGCCAGGAUUUCCUGCAGAGAGCCAAUAUGAUAUUCCAGGGUGGGGGGCCAGCCGUGGAGGUAGACCAACUGUUGAUCAUGGCUGCAGAAACCAUGGAGCAGAUGAAGGUCUAUGGCAGAGAGCUGCAGCAAAUGCGAAUACCUAGUGACAUCUUCAGAAGCUUAGAACAGUUCCAGCACAUGCAUGGUGAUUUGCAACAGCAAUUAGUCAGUAGCAGGACCAUACGACGGAACAGAGGCAGCGUGGGUUCCCUCGAGGGGGGGAGGAUCUUUAAUGAUGCCGUGGCUUGGAUUACCCAACAGAAGCGCAUGAUUGAGACAGCUCCAUGGGGAGAUGAUGCCGAAACCAUAGAAAAACAAAUCUUAAACCAAAACAAAAACCACAGCUCUAUCCAGAGGAGCCAAGAAGUAGACCGUGCCAGAGAUGAACUCAGAGGCGACAAGUACAACCUUUCCAUCCUGGAACAAGAAUGGGAAAGCUUACAGAAAAUGUCCCACAGCCGUGUGGUUCAGCUGCGAGAGCUUAAGGACAUCAUCGGGGAGAUCUCGCGAGCCAUCAUGUGGGUGAAUGAGAGAGAGGAGGAAGAGCUUAUGUUUGACUGGGGAGACAAGAACAUCGACCAGUAUAUCCCUAGGAAGCAAGAGAGCUAUUCAGGGCUGAUGAGGGACCUGGAGGAGAAAGAGAAGGAGCUAAACAAGCUCAAAGUGAAAGCCGAUGGACUUGUGAACAACAACCACCCUGCCUCAGAUAAGAUUGAAGCCUACAUGGACACCUUACAGACCCAGUGGAGCUGGCUGCUGCAGAUCACCAAGUGUAUCCAUGUUCAUUUGAAAGAGAAUGCUGCCUACAGCCAAUUUUUCAAGGAGGCCAAUGAGACAUAUGCAAAGCUGCAGAAGGAGUGUGAGGCCAUCCGAAACAAGUACACGUGCGACAAGAACACCCCACUGGAUAACCUCACCGAUCUCCUGAAAAACCUAGAGAAAGAUAAGGAGCGAGUCAUGGAGAAUAAGAGGCAGGUCCAAAGUCUGGUCAACAAAUCUAAGACCAUCGUCAGGCUGAAACCUCGCAACCCUGAGGAAAAGAUCAGCAGCUCUGUCAUUGUACAGGCCUUAUGUGACUUUAAACAAGACCAGAUAGGGAUUUUAAAAGGGAAUGAGGGCAUCCUGAAGGAUAACUCGCAGCGCAGCAAGUGGCUUGUGACGGGACCUGGAGGUAUGGACAUGUUGAUUCCUUCUGUGUGUCUGCUGAUCCCCCCACCAAACCCGCUCAGCAUCGGCCUCGCCAACAAGAAUGAGCAGUAUUAUGAAGCCAUCAUGAGCAUCUGGAAUCAGCUCUACAUCAACAUCAAGAGUCUCAUCUCAUGGCAAUACUGCCUCAAAGAUGUGAAUUACAUCAACUCCCUCACCGUCAGCAUGCUGGCUAAGAUGCGUCCCGACGAGUACCGCAAUAUCAUCAAAAGACUGGAGACUCACUACCAAGAGUUCAUGCGUACCAGCCAAGGUUCUGAGCUGUUUGGGGAAGAGGAGAAGAAAACCAUACAGGGCCAGUUUGAUAAAGCCCAAACCUACUAUGAUACAUUGAUUAUCCAGCUGCCUGCUCACAAGGACGAAGGGGUGAAGCCUGACAAUGUCAAGCCUCCGACUCAAAAGAUCCCCAAGCCCCCUGUUGUCCCGGGCCCUAGCCAGCCUCCCCCAGCCAGUUCUACCAUCAGCCUUACCCUGCUCAACAGUCUGCAAGAACUUCGACGCAGGCUGGAGCUGGCUGAGUCCGGUCUCACCAGUCAUUUACACGUCCCCCUGGGGGACAACAGUGUGCAUGAGUGCUCAGUGCACAUCCAGAAGCUGCAGACUGUGCACCAAGACUUGGACUCCAUUCAUGACGAGUACCUGCGACUAAGAGAAAAGAUUUUAAAGCAGCUAGAGGGGAUACCUGCAGACUCUGAGCAUGCCAAGUUUCUCCGCUCUGAACUAGAAAUUAUCAACCAAAAACUAGGAGGCCUGCAAGGUCUCUACCCAGCCUACCUUCAAAGGCUGUCGGCUCGUAAGGCCUUGCUCCAGAGCCUACUCCAGGCUGAAGAUAUCAUUAAAGUCAAUGAGGCCCGGCUGACAGAGAAGGAGACCACCUCUCUGGACCUUCGAGAGGUGGAAAAAUAUCGGAGCACGCUAAAGCAAAUGAAGAGUGAUCUGGAGCAAAAACGAGACCUGCUGACAGCUAUGGAGUCUGACCUGGCUAAAGCAGUGCACUGGAAUGGUCAAAUCUCUGCACCCUUCCACAAGUGUGACGUGGACUUGUCCAAGUUCUCGGACUUGGUGGGUCAGAUGUCUGACCGCUGGCGCCGCAUCCAAACCCAGAUUGAGAGCAGAGUGUGGGACUUGGAGAAGCAGGAAAAACAGCUGAAUCAUUAUCAGCAGAGCAGCACUCAGCUGGAACAGUGGAUAGACAAUGCCAGGAAGCGCCAGGACACCCUUCAGGCAGUUAAACUCAGCAACAUCCAGACUCUAAUGGACCACCUCAACCAACAGAAGGCACUUCACACUGAAAUUAAAGGAAAGAAGGAGAAAGUAGAGGUUGUGCAGAAAAACGCAGACACAUGUGCUUCCUCCAUAAAGGACUAUGAGCUGCAGCUGGCUUCUUAUGGUUCAGGCCUGGAAACUCUACUUAAUAUUCCUAUCAAGAGAACAAUGUUGCAGUCCCCUGCUUCUGUGGUCAGACAAGAGGCGGCUGACCUCCAGUCUAACUACAUAGAGCUACUCACCCGCUCUAGUGACUACUACAAGUUCCUUGGGGAGCUACUGAAGAACAUGGAAGAGCUAAAGAUCAGGAACACCAAGAUCGAGAUGCUGGAGGAGGAACUAAAGCGUCUGAAGGACGACAUCCAGGACCGUAACCAGAAAAACAAAUCUCUUGAGGAUGCUUUGGCCCGCUGUAAGCUGGAUCUCACUCAAUCGCGAGAACAGCUCAUUUCUAUGGAGGAAGUGAAGAGAACCACAGCAAUACAAGUCAGCGUUACCAAGGAGAGCCUGGACAGCACACACAACCAGCUUCAAGAUCUCAACGACCAGCUGACUCGCAUUAAAUACCAGCUGGAUGAAGAGAAAAGGAAACGAGUAUUGGCCGAGGAACGCUACACCAGCCAGCAGGAAGAGUAUGAGGCGGCUCUUCGCCGCAGACAGAAAGAACAGGAAGAAUUUAACUGGACCAAAAUUGACCUGGAAAAGUCUGUGAAAGACAAGGACCAUGAACUGCAGAGGAUGAAGAUACUGCUAGACGAGGAAGCGACUCGUCGACGAAACGCUGAAUCAGAAAUGUCAAAGGUAAGAUCACAGUGCACCCAGGAGGUUAAUCAACUUAAGCAGACAUACGAGACACAGAUCCACGUUACCAAGUCCACAAUCCUAAAAGCCUCACAGCAGAAAGAAGAAGACACAGCAGGACUGAGACUGCAAGUUGACAGACUCACUGCCGAGAAGAAAGAUCUAGAGGAGGAGCUGAGGAGACUGAGGCAGUCCAUUGCUCACACAGAAGAGCAGAAAAGCAGAGCAGAGCAGGAGGCCAGCCAGCAGAGGGCCUCAGUGGUGCAAGAAACAAGGAUGCGCAGCGAGUUGGAGAUUCAGCUGAGAACACUCAUGCAGCAGGGAGGACAGGAUGAGCUCAAACUGAAGGAGGCCAUCAAAAACAAUCAGGAGAAAUCCAGGCAGAUCAGCAUGCUAACCUUUAACCUGGAGGAGGAGGGGAAAAAGAGGAGAGCUCUGGAAUUGGAAAUCAAUCACCUGAAACAGGCUGAGGCAGACCUGAAGGCAAAGAACACCUCCUAUCUGGAGUCCAUUAACAAGCUUAAAGUGUAUGAGCAAGAGAUCAACAUCACCCGAGUACAGCUGGAAAAGCAGACCAGUGAGAAAUCCCAGACUGAGCAGAAUUCUGUCAGGCUGCAGAGCCGCAUCCGAGAACUUCAGUGCUCUCUGGAUGGAAUGGAAGCGGAGUUGGAGAAGCAAAAGAAGACAGCCCAGGAGGACUUCACACGUAGAAAGAGAAUGGAGGCAGAGUUGGAGAGGAUGACACAUACUUGCAGAGAGCACACCACCACAAUUAGCACACUGAAGUCUAUCCAGCUAGAGACUUCCACCUCUGGAAGGAAGUAUGAGCAGGACAUCAGUGCCCUCCAGGAGGCUUUGGACAAGAGUCUGAAGGAGCAUAAAGUCACCAAGCAAGAACUGGCAGCUGUCAUUGCUGAGCUAAGGACACUUAAACAGAAACUCCAGCAGGAACAGGCUCGGACACAUGAGCUCAACCAACGCAAUGAGAGCCUGUAUAAGACCAUUGAGGAGAAGAGCCGCCAGCUUAACGAAUACAUUACCGAGAUUGAAAAGCAGAAGACUCUGACACAGAACCUGACCAAGGAGAGACUGAGGUUGGAGGAGGAGCUGAGGACAGUUAGACAGGAGAGAGAUGAGCUAAAGCUUAGCAAAGCCACUAUUGAUGGAGAGAGUGCCACUCAGAUCUCAGCCUUGCAUGUCCAGCUUCAGAGUAGCACCAAGAAGACAGCCGAGCUCCAGGCUCUCAUCAAUGACCUGACCAAGGAGAGAGAAAAGCUUAAAUUGGAAACAGACAAAUUCCAAAAGCAAUCAAUCGAGACAUCCAUGAUGGUGCAUGAAUCCCAAAGCCAAUACAGUGAGCUGCUGCUGCAGAGGGACAGUUUGCUAUCUAAGCUUAAACUGCUGGAGCAGGACAAGACUCGUCAGCAGCGCAUAGAAGAGGAACUCAGCCGCAUCAAGCUGACACUAGAGACUGAGCUCCGCAACAAACAGCGGCUGCAGGAGGAAAAGAAUGCUGCCCUCAAGGAUUUCAACUACAUGAAGAGCCAGUACGAGCUGAGAGACAGCCACAUUAGGCAGUUUGAAUCAGACAGAGACAAGGCUGAACGAGACAGGCUCUCCCUGAAGAAUGAAAUUGAGAGGCUCAUGAGGGAGGUAAAGAGUGUAGAGGAGAGGUACAAAAGUCGUCUGUUGAUCUCUGAAAAGGAGGCAUCAGAACUGGCUCUCAAGAGAGAUGCCCUGGAGAGAGAGAUACACAGGCUGCAGCAGAGACCCAGCGCUCAGGCCAAGCAGACCCAGACAGAUGAGAAGGUCCCAACAAUCGAUCCAUCCAAGCUGAUAUUUGAUGGGGUGCGCAGCAAAGUCACAGCCCACCAGCUUUGUGACUGUAAUAUAAUCAGUAAAGCCACGCUAGACCAGCUCCUAAAGGGAAAAAAGAGCGUGGAUGAGGUAGCUGUGGACAUCCAGCCCAGUCUUAAGGGUACCGGCAUCAUUGCUGGCAUGACAUCUGCUUCUCAAGGGAAAAUGCCAUUCACUAAAGCAAAAAACAAGAAUCUCCUCAGCCGAGAGAGUGCCCUAAUGCUCCUGGAAGCUCAAGCUGCAACAGGCUACAUAGUGGACCCUGCAUUUAAUGAAAAAAUGCCUGUGGAUACUGCCUGCUCAAGAGGGAUUGUAGACACAGAAGACAGAGACACCUUGGUGACAGCUGAAGCAGCUAGCACGGGCUUCAAAGAUCCAUACACUGGCAAAGUAUUAUCUGUGGGCCAGGCUUGCAAACAGGGCCGCGUAGACAAAGUCACAGCCAUCCGCUUGCUCCAGGCUCAGGAGUCUGUUGGAGGCAUAUUAGACCCUGUUCUGAGUGUGUUCCUUCCAAUAGAUCAGGCUUUGGAUCGCAAUCUUAUUGAUGAGGAGCUCUACAGGGCUUUGGCCAAAAAACCCACCUGCUACCUGGAGCCAGCGACAGGACAGAAGAUAAGCUAUAAUGACUUAAGGAAAACGUGUAUGGUGGAACCUGUUUCUGGCUUGCUUCUACUCCAAGAAAAGCCAAGUCAAGAAAAGCCCAUGACAGUAAAGGGUCUCCGUGGUGAAGUCGCUGUUAGUGACCUUGUCAACUCUGACCUGCUGGAUGAAACUGAUUUGGCGAAGCUCAAAGAGGGCAAGCUCACCAGCAGAGAAAUUGAAGACAAGCUAAAGUCUUAUCUAUAUGGCUCUACCUGCAUUGCAGGGAUCUAUGAUGAGGCCAAUGACCACGUAAUGCCUUUGUAUCAGGCAAUGAAGGAAGGCCUGCUCAUGAGAGGAACCACCCUGGAGCUUCUUGAGGCCCAAGCUGCUUCUGGCUUUAUUGUUGAUCCAGUCAACAAUGUGUUUUUGACAGUAGAGGAGGCCUCAAAGAGAGGCCUGAUAGGAAAGGAGUUCAAGAAUAAGCUGCUGUCUGCGGAGAAGGCAGUAACUGGAUACACAGACCCAUCUACAGGAAUGACAAUAUCUCUCUUCCAGGCUAUUGAAAAAGACCUUAUUGAGAAAGGUCAUGGAAUCCGCCUUCUUGAGGCCCAAAUUGCCAGCGGUGGGAUUAUUGACCCCAAAGAGAGCCACCGUAUUGAUGUUGCUGUUGCAUAUAAAAGGGGAUACUUUGAUAAAGAGAUGAAUGAGAUCCUAACUUAUGAAGGAGAUGAUACAAAAGGGUUCUUUGACCCUAAUACUAAGGAAAACCUGACAUAUCUCCAACUUAAGGACAGGUGCAUAACAGAUCGCAAAACAGGCCUAAUACUCCUGCCACUCAAAGAUAAGAAGAAGCCCCAGAAGUCACAGGAGAGCCGUACCAACAUCCUGCGCAAGAGACGAGUUGUGAUCGUUGACCCAGACACUGGGCUGGAGAUGUCAGUGAGGGAGGCCUAUCACCGGGAGCUAAUUGACUAUGACACUUUCCUGGAGUUGUCGGAGCAGGAGUGCGAGUGGGAGGAAAUAACUAUUAAGGGGUCUGAUGGCUCUGCACGUUUGGUGAUAGUGGACAGGAAAACAGGAACCCAAUAUGACAUCCAGGACUGCCUGGAACGCGGUGUCAUUGACCAGAAGUCUUUGGAUCAGUAUCGUGGCGGAACGCUAACCUUGACGGAGAUUGCUGACCGAAUAACCAGCAGAACCAGCAGCACAGAGAUGACCAUUGCAGCCAUCAACGUUGAUGACAUGGUCACCUGCAGCACUCCCACCCAGGGCGCACCAUCUUCUCCCACCGUCCGUAAACGCUUCAACAGCAUUUCAAUCACUGUUUCUCCCCCUGACAUGUUUGAUGACCAGAGCCCUGUGGCAGCUAUAUUUGACACAGAGACCUUGGAGAAAAUCACUUUGUCUGAAGCGCUCCGCAGAGGCAUAGUUGACACUAUUACAGCACAGAGGCUACUGGAGGCCCAGGCAAGCACAGGUGGUAUUAUCAACCCUGCCACUGGUGAGAGAUUGUCACUGCAGGAUGCUGUCCAUCAAGGUAUCAUUGAUGAAAGCAUGAGCGCUAAGCUGAAACCAGCCCAGAAAGCCUAUGUUGGUUUUGAGGAUGUGAAGACUAAAAGAAAGAUGUCCGCUGCAGAGGCAGUGAAGGAGACAUGGUUGCCCUAUGAAGCUGGCCAAAGAUUUUUGGAGUUUCAGUACCUGACAGGAGGCCUGAUAGAGCCUGGCACUGAACGUCGCAUCACCAUUAAAGAGGCUAUCCGCAGAGGUUGGCUAGAUGGCCAAGGGGCCCAGAAGCUUCAGGAUUCACAGAAUCACCAGAAGAACCUGACCUGUCCCAAGACAAAACUGAAAAUCUCCUACAAGGAAGCCAUGGACAGCUGCAUGGUGGAAGAAAGCAAUGGUAUGAAGAUGCUGCAGGCCUCCUCAAUGUCCACCAAGGGAAUCAGCAGCCCUUACAAUGUUUCUAACCCAGGGUCACGCUCUGGGUCCAGGGCUGGAUCCCUAGCCGGUUCCAGGAAUGGAUCUCGUAGAGGCAGUGUGGAUUACUCCUCCACUUACAGCUAUAGCUUCUCGUCCAGCAGUACCAACUUCAGCUCUAACACUCUCUCUUAAUACACAGCAUAGAAAAAAAGAAUGAAACUAGAGUAGUUAUACCCAGCCUUGGCGUUUGAGUACUUUCAUAACAGUUUGCUUUUCUAAUGUCUUUCUAUGAUAUUGUGGGAGGUUUGUUUAAAUACUGAAUCGGAUUGUAAGUGUUUGCAGUUUUUGGGUGAUUUGGUGUUUCAAUAAUACAUAAUGCAGGUUUAAUUAAUGCUGA